AUGGCCAGCACGGACUUUAACAAGAUGCUAUAUACGCCCCUGCCGGAGGCCGACCCCGUCGUCCAGAACAUCAUUGACAAGGAGGUCUGGCGGCAGUUCACUGGUCUUGAGUUGAUUGCUUCGGAGAACUUGACCAGUCGUGCGGCUAUGGAUGCCAAUGGUUCGAUUUUGACGAACAAGUACUCCGAGGGUCUCCCGAACGCUCGCUACUACGGUGGAAACGAAUACAUUGACGAACUUGAAAUUCUCUGCCGGAAACGCGCUUUGGAAGCCUUCCAUCUUGACCCCGCGAAAUGGGGCGUCAAUGUUCAACCAUAUUCCGGUAGCACGGCCAACUUCGCUGCGCUUACGGCUUUGAUUCAGCCUCAAGACCGUCUCAUGGGAUUGGGUCUCCCGGACGGUGGCCACCUUACUCAUGGUUACUACACCGCUAAGAAGAAGAUGACCGCUUCAUCCAUCUACUUCCAAUCACUUCCAUAUGCCAUCACCAAAGACACUCAUCUCAUCGACUAUGUUGCUCUCGCCGAGCAAGCUCGGAUAUUCAAGCCCAAGCUUAUCAUCUGUGGUGCCUCUGCAUACCCCCGUGAUUGGGACUAUGCUGCUAUCAAGAAGGUGACGGAGAAGGAAGGCGCAUUCCUUAUGUGUGAUAUGGCCCAUACUUCUGGACUCGUCGCUGCUCAGGAACUUAACGAUCCUUUUGAGUAUUGUGAUGUUGUUACUACUACCACACACAAGACUCUUCGUGGCCCGCGUGCAGGUUUGAUCUUCUUCAGAAAAGACCUCCCGAAUUCCCCCGACCUCGAGAAGCGAGUGAACGAGGCUGUCUUUCCCGCUUGCCAGGGUGGUCCACACAAUAACACGAUCGCAGCUGUCGCUGUCGCAUUGAAGCAAGUUGCUGACCCCGCGUUCAAGCAAUACGCCAAGCAGGUUAUUGCUAACGCUCGCACACUCGGUGCUCGGCUCGUCGAACACGGCUACAAACUCCAAACCGGCGGCACAGAUAACCAUCUAGUUCUCUGGGAUCUCCGGCCCCUCGGACUUACCGGCAGCAAGGUCGAGAAAGUCUGCGAUUUGAUGGGCAUCACAAUCAACAAAAAUGCUGUCUCUGGUGACGCCUCUGCCCAAGUACCUGGUGGUAUCCGCCUUGGCACAUCGGCACUUACCUCCCGAAACAUGCUCGAGGCCGACGUGAAGCAGGUUGCCGAUUUCCUGCACCGUGCUGUUCAGCUAUCUCUGCUCCUGCAGAAGGAGGCUGGGAGCAAGCUGCUCAAGGACUUCGUACGCGUUGCCACCUCUCAGGAGGAGGGCAAACAAGGUUUCGCCCAGGUGAAGCAAUUGAGAGACGAGGUCCAGAAGUUCGCCACCAAAUGGCCGCUCCCUGGUGUCGAUGUCACCACGUUGAAGAAGCCUGAGGGACUUCACGAACUCCUGUAG